GCUUUAUCUCUUCAAAAACAAAAACUUUCGUAAUUGAUUUUUGCUUGUAAAUUAUUGUUCGAUCGCUAAUUUUGAUUUUUGAAAUUUAAAAUCAAAAAUGAAUUUGAUUUUCAACAGAAAAAAUUGAAUUGUACACACAAUUUGCCACCACUAAAAUAAAAUAUUCGAUGGGCUCGAUGUUCUGUGCGCAUGUGUUUUUCCCCUUUUCAUCUGCUUUGUCAAGUGUCGAGAAAAAUUUUAAAAAAAUAGCUUCGAUAUAGUUAUGGGCAAUUUUUUGAAUUGAAUUGAAAUCUCGUUUGGAAAAUACAAUAUUCUCAUCUUCUGUCGAUGUACGGUCCUACUCCAUUGAAGAUAUAAUCUUCGCCAAAAUGAGUAACGUCGAAAACGACGAGGAGAAGUUGAAUUUUUACAGGAUAGUAUCAGCGUUCAACUCGUACAAGAGUCACUCUCUCAACAGAAUCAGUCGUACUGAAAAAUAUGUCAACACUUUACCAGCCAAUCAUCAAGAAUUAUUGCAAAGCUACAAAGAGCACCUCGAUAACGUUCGCAGCUGUAUCGAACGAAAUUACACCGUUAUAAAAUUGAUCUUGAAGGAUGUAGAAACUAUGUUUGAAAAUAUUGAUCCGGAAGAAAAUAAUCCUCGUACCGUUUGCAUACCGCGAGUGACUGCUGUAGAAACAGACCAAGAUAAGGUUCGAGCUACUUUGAAGCAAUUCGUUCGUGAUUGGAGCACAGAAGGUAGCGAAGAACGUAAAUUUUGUUACGAACCCAUCGUCGAUGAAAUAGUUAACCAGUUUCCAAAACAUCUAUACGAAUCUCAUGCAAUUAAAGUACUCGUUCCUGGAGCUGGACUGGGACGUUUGGUAUUUGAAAUCGCUCGACACGGUUAUACAUGUCAAGGAAACGAAUUCUCGUUAUUUAUGCUCAUCGCGUCUAAUUUCGUUAUAAAUAGAUGUCAAGGAAUUAAUUUACAUCAGAUAUAUCCCUGGAUUCAUCAAUGCGAUAAUAAUUUAGAUACGAAAGAUCAACUAGCUAGUAUUUUCUUUCCAGAUGUUGACCUUUCUGAAAGCAUUCCCAAUUCACAAUUUUCAAUGGUCGCCGGUGAUUUCUUAGAGGUGUAUACAACAGAAAAUGAAUGGGAUUGCGUGUCAACCUGUUUCUUCAUCGACUGUGCAAAUAAUAUUUUAGCUUUCAUCGAAGCGAUUUAUAAAAUAUUGAAACCUGGUGGAAUAUGGAUCAAUUUAGGCCCAUUGCUGUACCAUUUCAGUAAUAUCGUAGAUAAGAAUUCCAUCGAGCCCAGUUACGAAAUGAUCAGAGAAAUGAUCAAAGGCUUCGGUUUUAUCUACGAAAAAGAGAAGACGAAUAUCAAGUCCAAGUACGCUCAAAAUCCCAAAUCUAUGCUGCAGCAUGAAUACGAAAGCGUUUAUUUCGUAUGUCGGAAGCCGAGAGUCGACGAAGAUGACGUCUCGUGAAAAACCUACGUAUAGGCUACAAGCAUUUUUGAGAAAUGUAUUAACAAGAAUGUUUCUUACGAAAUAUGAAUUAUUUUUGUAAUAGAACAUCUUCCAGUAUUUUA